UUAGGACCGAGGUUGCCUACCCCUGUUGUAGGGUAUCGUUUAAGUCAAAGUUGUACUUGUUCCUAACUUACUCAAAACAACCAAAUAUGCAGAAUCACCUGUUAAUCUCUGAGUCUUAGCAUUGUGAGAUCUAAUACCUCAAUCCAACACCUCAUGGCUUUCAAAACUUUAACGGUUAUAUUUAAACAACUAUCGUCUCAAACCCUUUGGAAAGGAAACGUAGUUCAUAUAGUGGCUUUUAUUUGAAGUAAACAUGAAUAGGUUUCUCUUUUUUUAUGAGUGUGUACACAGCAGCACGAUCCAACUCAUCUAAAACCCAACUUAAGGAGUGGCAGUAUUCAAGCAGGUAUAUCUGCAACAUAGGAGGUGUUUAUUACAUCUUUUGGUAAAUUUAUAGACCAUGGGUUGACAAUGUUGAAGGCAUCUCCACAUGGUGUAACAAAUAGCCUAUCUUGUUUUUAUGCUGAUGAAGUUUCUCUAACACAGGAGAUGACUCAUUUUAUGUCCAAACAGGCUUCAGAAAUAACAAAUCCAGGAAGCUGUAGAUUGGUGCUCUCUGAUCAAAGGUCACAGAUGCUUAAACAGGUGAUCUUCAUUGGGUGGGGCUAUGAAGCUCGCCCCACCUUUCAGAGGUAAAUCUGUCUUUUCCUCGUGGAGAUUCUGUGGGUGUAAGUGUCUGCAGCCUAGGUCAGCCUGGGAAACAUCUUUCCGAAUUUUCAUAUCACAGCCAAGAUGCCUAAGAUGAUUAACGUUUGCAUCACUAGAAUGGAUGGAAAGGAAGAGAUUGCCAUUGAACCUAAGAUUACAGGGGAGCAGCUGCUUUACAAGGCCGCCAAGACAAUCGACCUGCGUGAGAUCUGGUUCUUUGGACUUCAGUUUAUUCAUAGAAAAGGAUCCACAAGGUGGCUAGGGCUUAAAAAGAAGGUAAUCUCUCAAGAUGUAAAGAAAGAGAGCCCCCUGCAAUUUAAACUCAGAGUUCGGUUUUAUCCACUGGAUACAGAAAAGGAGCUGAUCCAAAACAUCACCAGGAAGCUUUUCUUCCUGCAGGUGAAGGAGGACAUUCUCUCAGGAAAUAUCUGCUGCCCUCCAGAUAUUGCAGAGCUCUUGACCUCCUGUGCAGAAAUGUAUGAGCAGCACAACAAAGAAGAGGCUGUGAUCGAGUAUCUAAAAAUCGCACAAGGUCUGGAGAUGUUUGGUGUUACUUACUUUGAGAUUAAGGACAAGGCUGGCAGAGAGCUUUGGCUGGGAGUGGAUCUACAAGGUAUUAAAGUCUAUCCAAAAGAAAACAGGGUCACCCCUACAACUCGAUUACGAUGGAAUGACAUGAGAAACCUAAGUUACUCUAACAAGGAGUUUAACAUCAAGCUCACGGACGAGAAAUUUCCUGAUUUGAAAUAUACCCUACAGUACAGCCAUGUAACCAAGAGCCUCCUAAACCUCUGUUUGGGAAACCACUCCUUGUGCAUCCGUCACGAAACUAAGAGUGUGGAUGUCCAGCAGCUCAGGGCUCAGGCAAGAGAACAGAGUCCAUGGAAGAAACAAGCAAAGUCGGCGCUAAACUAAUCUCACAUUGAAUCGGUUUCGAAAGACUAAUUAGGUCAUUAAUUUUUAUAAAGUUUUGCUCUCCUUACUCUUGGUCACAGGGAUAAAUGUAGAAUUCAGAAUUUAAUUAAAUAAUCAAAGGGCCUGAUCUGCAAAAGGUUGAUGUGAAAACAAAUGUGCAAACUGGAUUGGAUGUAAAAAGCUGAUCUACUGGAAAGGUGUAAAUCCAGUGACCUGAGUAAAAUUAGCAUCACAGUGGGCUCAACCUGUCUGCAAAAAGGAUUGCAGUGAGACCUGGUGGUGAGCUGGGUAUGAUGGAAGGGGAGGACAUUGCAGACCUAAGCGAGUAGUGAGGGUCUGCUGGGAACAUCAUGUUGCGCUCUUGGCCAUGGAUGUGUUCCACUGAUGUACUGUUGAAGAUGUGUGGUCUAUAGGAGUACGGAGUCAGAAGCCAUAUACUAGGGGCUAUCCAGUUUCUGUAAGUGGAGCAGGGGUUCAGUCUACAUUACCGGCAUUAAGUCUUGUUUCCGGUGCUGAACUGCCCUUUGUCACGGUCUUCAUCUAACCUUUAUGGACAGGAUUUCUAGGUGCAGCCAAGGGCCAUAGGAGGUCUGCUUUGGGGACCAGCUGAUUUUGUCCCUUCUUUUGCUGAGAAUGUGGUUCUGCUGACUCCCUCCUGCCAAGACCUAUGGCAUGCACUGGGUGGUUCACAGUUGAGUGUGAAAAGGCUGGGAUGAGAAUGAACUCCUCCAAGUCUGAGGCCAUGGUUCUCGACGGGAAAAAGGUGACUUGUCACCUUCAGGUUGGAGAGUUCCUGCCUCAAGGGGAGGAGUUAAAGUAUCUUAGGGCCAUGUUCACAGGAGAGGGAAGAAUACAGCAGGGGAUCGAUAGACUGAUCUGUGCUGC